GCAAUUGAAACCAAAGGCCUUUUCAGCUUCUUCUUCCAUUUGCGCUUUAAAUAAGUGUGGAAGUCGCCGGAUAAAUUCUAUUUUGUUUUCCCGAUUAAGAAUCUUACGCGUAAGUGUGCCGUAUUCAUGGCGGCGGUCAAGACAGAGCCCGUAGUGUUAUCCCUGAAUUUGUUAAUAGAUGAGAAGAACAAUCGAGUAGUGGCCGCGGAAGCGAACAGAGAUUUUGUGGACACACUUUUCAGUUUUUUCACCUUUCCGAUGGGAACCAUUAUCCGACUCAUCACCAGCACCUCCGCAGAAGAGAAACCCACAUCUGUAGCAGUAGGGUGUAUGAACAAGUUAUACGAAGGUGUUCAAAAGCUAAGCACUGAGUACUGGCAGACAGAAUACUGCAAGAGCAUGCUUCUUAAUCCCAGGAAUCCCCUAGCGUAUUACUUCAGGAAGUUGAAGAUUAAUAUUGAUGAUUCUGGAUCCGAUUUCACUUACGGCUGCUGGUGCGGUGGAUAUCAUAGUAUUUACGAAAACUUCAGAUGCAAAUGUGGGGCGAAGACCAUCCGCCCCAAAGAAAAGAAGCCCGCUGAUUGGAAUGCCUCCAGUAAAGAGGGAGCCUUUUUGAAGGGAGCAAUAGAGUUCUUAAUCACUGAUGAUCUACAGGUCAGGCCUGCCUCUGCGGAAAUUGUUGCUCAACUUAUGCCCGACACCGGUUCUAAAGAUGCCACUAGAAUCAGGGAGAUGUGUGUUAAUGUUUCCAAGGCUGAGCUGAUCCUUCUGCUUGCACGCUCACUGGUUUCUGAGUCUCCAUUAAGCGACGUCUUUCUGACAAAAGAUCCUGCAUUUGAAACAGUCGGAACCCAAGUGAAGCCAUCUAAACUCGGGGCGACUAUUUCAUCAUCACCUGUUGUCCCGCUUGAGACUACUGAACAGAAUGGUCCUACUCUGAAUCUUAAGGUGUCAUGUGUCAAGUCUACAAAGCAGAUAUUGUUUGGUGAAGCAACCAAUGAGUUCUUUGAUUUCCUGUGCACCUUUCUGACCACUCCUAUUGGAUUAACCGUAUGCAUUCUUAAAGGACAAUCGGGUAUAAAAUGCAUGGAUAACCUGUACACGAGUAUUGUGGAGUUAGAUCAGAAGUGGUUCCGUUCCUCAAAUAAAAGUGGCUUACUUGACCUUUGUGUUGCGCAAGAUCAUAACUGCAAGAAGCAGCCUAUCAAAUCUCUCCGUACUGAACCUUUAGAUACGAAACUGCUAAGUCCAAAGGGCAGCGAUAGUUUUGCCGUGGAACCAUCAAUGUUCUUUGUUUCUGAUGAUUUUGAAGUGAAGCCUCUUUCUGUUUCUUCCAGUUACCUCUUACUAAACAAAUUGGAAAUUUCUUUCAAUCAGACAGAGGUGCAAUGGGUCACUAUCGGUAUGAAGGAAGCAAUGAGCUUACUGAAGGCUGCUCUGACAUCACCAUCAUCUGCCCUUACAAUUGGCUUAGGCCCCUUCUUGCAGAAGCAGAAGCCCUAGAACCAGCAACAAGAUAUGUCCGUUUGAAAAUCCCAGGGAGAGCUUCAAGUAUUCGAAUGGAAGCAUUGGAAGUUCAGUUAUGUUUAUCCAUUAUUUCCAUUAUCUGAAGAAUGUUAUUCAAGUAUUGUUUUUCUCUCUAUCUUUUUUGUACAUUGCGACCCAGCUUUGUUUGGUGUCCUCUAUAACCCUCUAUAAAAGUUCGUUUUAUUUCUUUCAUUUUGUCUUUUCAUUAUUUUUAGAAAUAAUUACAUUCUUAAAUGACAAAAAUCCUUUAACAGUUCGAUGCAUUCUGACCUUUUCGUUGGGAAAAGGUGCGAGACAACUUUGGGUAUGUUUGGUACAACUAGCUGAAAAGAUACUUUUGUAAUCUUUUUAGUAACUGAAAAGAUCUUAUAAGGAAAAUGUGGUAGCUGUUUGGUAAAAA